AUGGCUUUCGUCCUCCGUCGUCGCACCUUCAUCCGCUUGCUUCUCUUCAUCGCAGUACUAUUACUAGUCCGUCUGUUCGUCGUGUCCCCUUCUCCUGCUUCUUCUGUCGCGUCGUUCUACAACUCGGAUUCACAAGAGAUACGUAAACAGAACGUUCUCGACCUGGUUACACGCUCGGAUAAAGUCCUUGAUGUCAAAAAGCACAAAUUCUUGCAGGCCCGGAUAGGGAGAGACGAGAGGGACGACCUAUUCGCCGGUAUUAUCAGGGAUGGCGUGCAAGACCACUGGGAAAGAUUCCAGAAGCCAUACAUACUUGGCCACGACACGUCCCACAUCGAUGAGCAAGCUGUAUUCUCCUCUAUCGAGCAGUUGCUGACUCUGAACGGCUGGGUUGCCGCUCUUUGUCCAACGCUCACGCGACCGUUUGGCCAAAACAAGUACGAAGAUGCAUACGACGAUCUCGCCAGGCAGGACCGUUUCUAUUACAUCGGCAUGGUCAUUCAUUCCGCGGACCAUUUCCUCGUCGACCAGUUGGCUGUCAUUGUACAGUUGGCGAAGCGGCUAGGGACGUCCAAUAUUUUUGUGUCCAUGCUUGACUACGACUCGUCGGACUCGACUGCAACGCUCACAGAUCUGUGCGAAGCAGUCCUGACGCUACUCGGGAUACCCUUUCGUAUUCGCACUGUGCCUGGAAUGACUGAGGACCCUAUCGCGGCUUACUACCCCUUAGAGGAAGCGUACGCCAGAAACCUGGUCCUAGAGCCACUGCAUGAGCUUUACGAAAGGCGCAAAAUUAAGUUUCAUCGUGUCAUCUGGCUGAAGGGAUUUACAUGCCCGAAUGACAUACUUGAGACUAUGAGGUUGAGCGUUGCUAAUGAGGCCGCCAUGGUGUGCGGUAUGGAUUGGGCGGAGCACAACGGGUUCUUCAUUUUCUCUGAUCGCUGGCGAACGCGAGACAUUAAUGGAGACCAAUUCCGUCAAUCCAAGUCGUCCUCAAUCUCAACUUCCCCUCUUACUUCCGUUCCUCCACGAGACGCUGUCGGCGCUCAACGGUACACCCAACAUUUGCCCUUCCAAGUCUUUUGCUGCGAAUCGGGCACGCAUGUGGUUGAUCCUGCUCAGUCGUACUAUACCGGUAUUGCCUACAGGGCUGGUACGGACUUCCACAACGCAAGCACGUCUGCUGACCCCCCAGUCAGAGGCCCAGAAGCGAGGUGUUUGGAUAGCACGCAGGCAUGGUUCUGUCGGGACCUCUGGGUGUCCAAGGCGAGGGAGGGCAUCCGUUCUAUCGAACCCGAGUUCGAGGCUGAUGAGAAGCCGACUACUCGUGCGGAGAAGCGGGCUGCCGUUGUGCCUGAUCCGGACGAAGAGCUGGCUCCCCGCCAGCCCGCCAAGGAAGACCUCGAUGCGAACGCGGGAUCCGAUUACGAUGCUUCAGACCUUCCGCUCGCGGAUCCUCCCCCCGCUGAGUCGCCUGAGUCUGGGCGCCUCACCAUUCCUAACGCGGACUUCCUCGCAGCACGCGUUCUCGUCAAUCCACGUUGCGUGACUACAUACGCGGGCGUAUCCCAUACUCAAUUAGCUUUGGAUCUGUUUGGUCCUCCAGAUAGGGAGGAUGCAGAGGACCCGAAGGGGAAUGAUAUCAUAGACGAGUGGGAGGGUGCGCCAGACACAUUUGUAUGUCAGGAACAACAGCGCACAGGCGGACGACGAGCGCCGAAAACUCAGCGACGGCUAAGCUUCUCGAUACAUGCAGAACUAGAGGAGUCGUUAGCAUCAUCAUGA